AUGGCACUCCCAAAUGACUAUCUACAAACCACCUCGCCAAUAAAUUGGAAUCUAGACGACUUCGCAAAUUGGAUCGCUACCAAUCAUUCUGACGACAAGAAAAAAAUAAUCUAUUACAUGAAAACCGGUCUCAAGAAAUACAGCGAGAAUGACUCGGACAUAAAUGUAAUGAGGAAGGCAGACGAUUUGCUCAAUAGCUUAAAGACAUUAAAGGAUAAGAAGAAAAUAGCUGAGUUACAAAGUGAACAAGAAAUGCGACUUGCUGAUAUUGAAUGUUUGGCGGUCCGACAGAUGCAAAAUCACACAAAUGCAGCAGUAACAAUUCAUCAAAAAAUUGCUGAAAAAUUUGUAGGAGUGACUCAGAAAAUUUCUACAGAAUACGUAGUGGAAAGAGAUCGGGUUGAGAAAGCUGGCCUAGAACGGCCAUGUACACCGGAGGAUAAGAUUAGAACUGUCACGUUCGGUGAUAAGCCCUCCUCAGUUCCCAGACCCACGGAAGAUGAAAAUGAAUCGGAAGAGGAAUCUGAAUCCGAGGAACCUGAAUCCGAGGAAUCUGAUUAUGAGGAAUCGGAUGCGAUUUAUGAUGCUGUUGCUGAAACCCAGAACCACAACAUGGAUAAGAAGGAGAGAAAGAGUGUAAUCAAGUUAAAUUCUAACAAUAGAAAAGAAAUAGAGGAAGCGUAUACAAAAAUGAAAAAACGAUGUAUGUGGAGGUUGUCUUCAGGAAGAUACGUAGAAGAAGAAUUGUAUAAUCUUGGCAAAUCAUUUGAAUACGAACAUACUGUCCAUUCCUUCAUUAUGGACGUGGAUGAUAAUGAAGUGAAAACUCAUUUUUCUGAAGACGAAUUGCAUGAAAUAAAAAGCGCAUCCAGACCCGUUGUAACUCCUAUCUCAGAUGAAGUUGUCGAUUACCUCGAACAGAUAAAUGAAAAGUCGAGUUUGAGAGAAGUGAGAGAUUUCAUUAACCAAUGCGAUGAACGAUUAGGAAAGUCUUACGAUCGGUCAAAAAACCACGAUAUUGAUUAUAUUCGUUAUUCUGUUUAUUCCAUGGUGAGAGAACUAGAAAGUGGAAGUUUAAGACAGGAAAAUCUCGAAUCAUGGUAUAACUGCCAUGUAUGGACUCCGAUCGUAGAUCAAGGUUUUAGUGACAUUAAUGGAACUUCAGUAGUUAGAGGAGAAAGUACUAGUAUAGCCACGUCAAACAGAAAGAACAUUGGAAAAAAACCAAGUGAUAGAAAAAAACUUGGUCGCCGUGGUGACUGGAUUCUACGAUCAGUAGGCAAUAAAGACAAUGAUGAGUUCGGAGCCGGUGAGGCUGGAAGAAAGUUUAUUGAUGAAUAUGACACAAAAAUUUUAACUGAAUCUAAGUUAAAAUUGCCGAAGAUGCUCAAGGACAUGAUCGUCAAAUUAUUGAGUAGAGUCAAUUGGAAUAUUGAUAAAAGAAAACAAAUACAGACCGUGGGAAUAGUCCAUUCUGGGCUUUCCAUGAUGAUAUUAUAUCUGGAUAAUCCUUGUGGAUAUGUAUGUAGAUUAAAUCGGGGCGAAAUACUUGAAGUUCCGGAUGAUGAACGGUUUUUUUCUUCUGUAUUAUUGCUACUUGCUGCAGUCCUUAAUUUGAAG